UUCAAAUGUCAGAUAUUAAUAGAUUAGUCACAAUUUAAAACAAAAACCUGCAGUUGUAUAGCAACAUAUCUGUAAAAUGUGUGUACAUUUCUCCCUGAUGUCUACAGUUUAACAGAAAAAAUUUAUUGAAUGACAUGCAAACAACACAUGUACAAAUAACAAAGCAGUACAUCUAUUGAUAGUACAGCCUUUCUCAAUUUUUGCCCCUCUGUCUCUAAUUCUAAUGUUCCGGGUACUCCUGCAAUAAACACGCAGCAAGAAAAAAAAAAAAAAAAGUAAGAAAAAAAAAAGGAGGCUUGGCUAUUUUCCCAGAACUCAACUUAUCUACACAUCAUCUCCUUCUCUUUUCCAGACCAUAUUGAUCAAGCCCGGGCUUUACGUCAGUAUUGAUAACUUUGCCAAAGCAAAAAAAAAACAAAACAAAAAAAAAAACAACAACGAUUGUCCAUUUAAUAUUGCGGACGAAGAGGAUACACUUUGCUUUUUUAUAAUUUUUUAAAAUUUAUUUUAAGACGCAAAAAAAAUAUAUAGUUUACUUUUUCUUCCCCCCUCCUUUUUUUUCUUUUUGGUUCUAAAAAAGAAAACAAAAAUGCCGGCAGACUUGGCCAGCACAUCAGUGGACUCUUAUAUUAAGUACUUUUCUUAAGAAAAAGAGAAAAAAAGUGGGACCGGUGACAGUAAACGCUGUUUAACGAGGGGGAAUCCAGCCCACAUAUUUAUUGCAGCCGCCGAAAAAAAUCUCCUCAAUAUCCCCCAAGAUGGCCGCCGAUGUAGGAUCGAUGUUUCAAUAUUGGAAGAAAUUUGAUCUACGGCGGCUUCAGAGGGAGCUGAACUCUGUUGCGUCUGAGCUGGCCAGUCGGCAGGAGGAAAGCGAACAUUCCCACAAGCACCUGGUGGAGCUGAGCAGGGAGUUCAAGAGAAAUGUCCCUGAGGAGGUCCGGGAGAUGGUGGCACCUGUUCUCAAGAGUUUCCAGGCGCAGGUGGUCGCUCUGAACAAGCGCAGUAAGGAGGCAGAGUCUGCGUUCCUGGGAAUCUACAAACAGCUUAUCGAGGCCCCAGAUCCGGCUCCUUUGCUGGAGGCCUCCCAGUCCCUGGAGGAAAGGCUGCAGCAGCUUCAGAGUUCGGCCCCAGACAGCGAGGCCCUGGUGCGCGAGAUCAGGCACUGGAGGAAACACCUGGAGUGCCUUGAAAAGACAGUAGCUCUCUGUACGUCUGCAGAGCCCACAGAGGACGGCUCAGCGGCUCCGGCUUUGCCAGAGGAGGCCUCGGAAUCCAGCUCUCCGGCUUCACUGAUGACCCCGAACAGCACGCCGGCCCCCGAGGCCCCGCGGUCCCCACAGCAGAACCACCAGGAGCAAACGGAUGACCGACGGGAGGAGGAGGAGGAGGGCGCUGAUGUUAGUUUGGCUGACAGACUAUCAGAGGCCGAGGAGAAGAUCAAAGUUCUGCAUUCAUCAUUGAACGCUGCACAGACACAGCUGCUGGAGCUGCGCUGUAAAUACAACCAGGAGAUGGCAAACAAGAAAGCCGAAAUCGACGCCAUCAUGGCGAAUCUGGAGAAAGCGAACCAGAGAGCAGAAAUGGCUCAGAGGGAAGUGGAGCGGCUAAAGGAGCAGCUAGUCAGCGGGCCGGCCGCAGUGAUGGGGAGCUGCCAUCCAGCAGAGGGCGCCACCAGGGACAAGAAGGAGAAGAGCGAUUUGCUGUCAGCCCAGGUAGAGGCCGCCCUGCUGGCCAAAGAUCGCGAAAUCCUUCGGCUUCUUGAAAACAUUCAGCGGCUGCAGUUCACACUGCAGGAAGUUCAGGAGACUUCAUCCAACCAGAUCCUGGAGCUGGAGCGCCAGCUGGCGUACAAGACGGAGGCUAUCGAGAGGUUGGAGGCUAAACUACAGUCACAGAUGGACUACGAGGAGAUUAAAACUGAGCUCAGCAUCCUAAAGGUUAUGAAGCUGGCUUCGGCAAACGGCAGCUCGUCCCAGGAUUCUGCCAAGGCUGCAGAGGCUCUUUUGUUAGAUAAAGAUGUCUUUCUUCCAUCUCACAAGUACAUGGGAGAUAAAACCCGACUAUUGCACAGUAACGACGAUGACCGCUCUGACGACGCAGGGAAGGAGGCAAGCAGGCCGCCCGGCUCCCAUUCCUCUUCCUCCCAGGCAGAGAGCCGUGCCUCCCCCAGCCCCGGUCCCCCCACCCUGAACGGGUCCUCCUCGGGCCACGACCUCUCCCGUCCCUUCUCGGCGUCGCCGUGCUCCGCGGACAGGAUGUCAGGAGACCACAUCCUCCACAAGCAGCUCCUCUCCCCACACUUCAAGAAGGAAGGCAUUAUGGCUUUCCCCACCGCCCUCUAUGCAGCGAAGGUCGCGCUCAUGUCGGCCUCGCAAGGGUCCGCGGGCGCCGGCGGCAUGGACGCCGGCCUGCCCAGCGACCAAUCGGAAAGCGGCAGCUCGACGGCGGGCGACGAGGACCAGCUGGACACGGCGGAGAUCGCCUUCCAGGUGAAAGAGCAGCUGUUGAAGCACAACAUCGGCCAACGAGUGUUUGGCCACUAUGUGCUGGGCUUGUCCCAGGGCUCGGUCAGCGAAAUCCUGGCCAGACCCAAACCCUGGAGGAAGCUGACAGUGAAGGGCAAAGAACCUUUUAUCAAAAUGAAACAGUUCCUCUCUGAUGAGCAGAACAUCCUGGCUCUGAGGACCAUCCAGGUCCGGCAGAGAGGGAGCAUCACUCCACGCAUCCGAACUCCUGAAACUGGGUCAGACGACGCCAUUAGGAAUAUCUUGGAGCAGGCCAAGAAGGAGAUCCAGUCACAGAGGGGCGGUGAUGGGAAGUCGUCUCUGAGCAGCUCAUCUGGCCGAAGCAGCAACGGAGCGGGCAGCAGCUCUGAUGAAACCAUAAAGAACAUCCUUGAGCAGGCCAGGAGGGAGAUGGAGGCACAGCAGCAGGCGCUCAUGGAGAUGGAGGUCUGCGGAAGGUCGUCCGCCGCCAGCUCYGGGGUCCAGGUGGAGCGCCUGGGGCCCCCAGAGCGCUCCAGGGUCCUCCCGCUGCCCAUCUCCAUCAAACAGGAGGACGGGGGAUGCAUUGCCGUGUGCAUGGCCAACUCCAUCAGCAGCCCCCAGACGCCACUCAGCGUCCUCUCCCCGGCCGCUUUCGUUCAGAACAUCAUCCGCAAAGUCAAGUCGGAGAUCGGCGAAGCUGGCACUUACUUCGAUCAGCACUGGUCUCAGGAGCGGGGAGCCAUGAUACUGAGCGGCGGCUCCUCCCGGCCCUUUAGCUCUGUCUCGCCCUCCUUGUCUUCCUCCUCCUCCGGGCCCCCCACGCUGUCUCGCACCUGGCCCCGCCUGGAGAAUGGCGACGGCCUCGCCAACAGCGAGGAGGUGUCCAACGCGGACGACGACCUGGGCCUGGGCCGGCCCGUGGAGGUGAAGGUGGAGUCGGACACCUCGGUGAGCGGCGAGUCCCCCGGACCUAGUCCGGGCCGCCUGUCCUACUACCCGGCAUACAUCCCGCGUGCCCUGAAGCCCACCGUGCCCCCSCUGACGCCGGAGCAGUACGAGAUGUACAUGUACCGAGAGGUGGACACCAUCGAGCUGACCAGGCAGGUGAAGGAGAAGCUGGCCAAGAACGGCAUCUGUCAGAGGAUCUUUGGAGAAAAGGUUCUGGGCCUCUCUCAAGGCAGUGUCAGUGACAUGCUGUCACGUCCCAAACCCUGGAGCAAGCUGACCCAAAAGGGCAGGGAGCCCUUUAUCCGCAUGCAGCUGUGGCUACUGGACCAGCUGGGCCAGAGCCUCAGCCAGCCUCCCAACCAGGGCCACACUCAAGAUAAAAGUCCCAUAACAGCGCAGUCCUGUCCCUCCCCACCGCCUAGUCCGGCAGAGAGCAACCCGAGUCCAGUGACUGAGCCGGUCAGUCUUUCACUGGAGAGCAGCAAAGAGAACCAGCAGCCUCAAAGCCUUGGCUUGGGGUUGCCCAGCCACCCAGAAGGCGGGAAAUCCACUUCCAGUCUCAUGGGCCUGCAUCAGCCCACGACCCCAUUAGGAAUCCAGGAGCUGGUGGCCAUGUCUCCAGAGCUAGACACGUACGCCAUCACCAAGAAGGUCAAGGAGGUGCUAACAGACAACAACCUUGGCCAGCGACUUUUUGGGGAGACCAUCUUGGGUCUGACUCAAGGGUCGGUGUCUGACCUGCUCUCCAGGCCUAAACCUUGGCACAAACUCAGCCUGAAAGGCCGGGAACCCUUUGUCCGCAUGCAGCUAUGGCUCAAUGAUCCGCACAACGUGGAGAAGUUGAGAGUCAUGAAAAAGAUGGAGAAGAAAGCUUACCUGAAGAGGCGGUACGGUCUGCUGAGCACUGGCUCUGACAGCGACUCGCCCAGCACUCGCUCCGAGUGUGUGAGUCCGGCCCUCGCCUCGCUGGACUUGUGUCCCUUCAGCCAGGUAAAGAAGCCUCGGGUGGUGCUGGGAGCCGAGGAGAAAGAGGCCCUGAGGAAAGCGUACAUGCAGGAGCCGUACCCGUCCCAGAACACCAUCGAAAUGCUGGCGUCGCAGCUCAACCUCAAAACCAACACCGUCAUCAACUGGUUCCACAACUACAGGUCCAGGAUGAGGCGUGAAGUGCUGAUGGGCGGUCUUCCAGAUAAUGACACAGACGCCGAGCCCAACAGCUACUCCCCCUCAGUAACACGGAGCCCCAACUCCGAUGGCGAGGACAAGAGACUGCUGCUGCCCUCAGGACAAACCCACGCCAGCCUUCCUCUUAGCACUACUGACGCACUGCCUCACGUUAAACAGGAGGCAACUUACAGGGAAGAGGACAGCAUAGACGGAAGAGAAGGCUCACAGAAAGAAGUCGGAGUGCAGUGUUUUCCCGCCACCGUGCCGUUGUCCCCUUUGAAAACCGAGCACGAAGACUCCGCCUCAGGCUGCCGCGAGCUCCACCCGGCCGGCCAGAGCCCGAUGCAGGAGGAGGGCGCAUGCAACCAGAUUCAGGGACUCCACCUUGGCGUGGCGUCCGCGGACGGCCCGCAGCGAGCCAACAAGUCCAGGUACGAUGGAGAAGAAUCCGGGAAGUCGCCCGUUGACCCGGUCAGCUUCAAGGCUUCGUCGGAGCCGUGCCGCAGCAGCCUGGAGGUCUCGCUGAACUCGCCGUCCGCUGCGUCGUCACCUGGCCUCAUGAUGUCCGUCUCGCCCGUGCCAUCUUCCUCCGCGCCCAUAUCGCCCUCGUUGCCCAACCAGGCGACAAGCGCCAACCACGGCAUGGACGCUAACCCGCUUCCUCCGUUCCAAAGCCCUAAACUCAACAGAAGCACUCAGAGACGCAAUGAGAAAAUGGCCAAUCUCAACAACAUCAUCCACAGGCUGGAGAGGGCAGCCAAUCGAGAAGAAACACUGGAGUGGGAGUUUUAGGGCCUGCUUUGCUGCGUCUCAUCCAGAAAGACUGUUGCUGCACACAACGAGGAAGAAAAGUUGGAUGGAAGCUUCCGGACCUGAGCGGAGGAGCCUGGCUCCUUGAGGCAGUGUCGUCUUGGACUGGAAACAGGAAUGCAGAGGAGAACACGAAGCUGAACUUCCUACAAUAAUUUAAGAGUUAAAAAAAAUUUAUAAAAAUGUAUUUGUUUUUUUUGUUUUUGUUUUUUUUUCUUUUGAUAAUGCAUACUACUUUGAAAUGUAUGUGACAACGCUAGCUGUUGUUUUAACUUAUUGGACUUGAAAUGAAGACUUUUGCAGCUAUGGUGUCAUUUAAUGUACACUGAAGUUCUGAAGAUUGCCACUGGGUGAGAUUAAAAAAAGACCUCUGUCUUAAGCCAUUAAAAGCACUAUGACUAUUUGAAAAAAAAAAAAAAAGACACUGACCAAAUUUGCUACUUUUUGAAUAGCAGUUUUUCAAAUUUUGUCUGUCAGACUGGACAGUUUAAGUCAAGUAACGUGAAUUCCAAUUACUGACUGGGGGAUAGUCCUUUAAGACUCUAAAUAUACAACACCUUGUAUGUACUUAGUUUCUUGGUGAUAUGUUUUGAAAUCUUUGUAACUCACACGUAUAAAAUGUGGUUGUACAUGUUGUAGAAUUGUCUGCAAUAGCCUUCUCUAAAUCUGAUGUAGCAUGGUACUCACCUGACCCUGUUAUCCUCUGUAGUUAGUCACCUGUGAUUAUACUUGAGCGAAAACGAACAAAAAAAAAAGAGGUUACGCAACAAAUAGUUGAAAAGCCUGCAAAAAAGGAAAAAAGUUAAAGGAAUAUAAGUGUAUUAUUUUUCUCUCUUUUUUUUUUUUUUUUUUUUUUAAAGAAUACUUGAGGUUUACAGUUUCAGCCCCUUGUACUUUUCGGUUGAAAGUGAAGGCUUCACUUCACCUGAGCUCAGUUUACACAGUUUCUUUCAGACUUACCUCUUCGACCCUCUAAGGCACUGGCUCUCAGACCGUAAACGGACCAAGACACACGGAGCUUGGUUUACCUCAGAUUAGGUUCACACACAUCACGCUACGAUCAUGCAUUUCAUAAACGUAAACAUGAACCACGACAGGUUUGACUCGGUGGGAGCGCUCUGCGUCGGCUACGGGACACUUCGCCUCUCCACUAAUUUGUACCUCUGGAUUGCACCCAUUUACUUAAACCAUUGCAUAAGUUUAUUUAUCUUUGUAGUUAAUAGGCACAAACUGCUAACUAGAUUAUCCAUGUAAACUGAAGUUUAAGAAAAAAAGCUUCGAUUUCAAAACCAAGAUGCCCAAUGCUGGAUUUACAAGCCUCUUGGCUAGAGUCAAUUUUGGUACCCUAUAAUAAAUAUAUUUUACUAAUGAAAAUUACAAUUAGGCCUGUCAACAUUAACAUGGUAAUGCAUUGAUCUAAUAUUACAUUGUUAAUAUUACAUAAUGCAAAUUUAUCGGCUUUCCUAUUUUGACCUAAAAGCCUCUCUUCUGUUGAAGAUUACCUGGUUCCAGGCUAUGCGUUACACGGUCUUGUACUACGGUCAGCAAUGCAGAUUUAAGCAGUAAAAAAAAAAAAAAAAAAAAAACCAGAAUUAAAGUAAUAAUUUUCAAAUACUUGAGAAUGGUUUAUAUAUAUUUAAAAAAUCCUAAAUAUUAACGCUGCUUUAAGCUCUUUCUGGCCCAGAAGAUGCCAGACAAUGUGAUAACAAUUUUCCUUUGACGGUACGAAGCAGGGCUGACCGUCUCCCAGGUGUUGCUGCACACUGCCAGUCAGCUGGCCUAGUUAAAGCCCCUAUUUUGUUCUCAUACCUACAGAAAACGUAUUUCAAGUCACAAAUAGAUAGUUGUGACGUGGAAUCUAAAGGAGCAAAUAAAAACUUUUACAUAAUUUGUUUUAUUAUAUCUCAACCAUGUUAUUUUAUUGCUUAAGGUUAUAAAAUGAAAAUCUCAUCCUGGCCAAUGUCUAGAAGUAUGAAGUGUUUUUAUGAAUGAUGAACAGAAAAAUGCUCAAAUCUCAAUUUAAUUUCACACUUGAGCUAAAACUAUUCAUACCCCUGGCAGAUUUAGAUUUUUAUUUACUUUCAUUGAAACGAGGGUUUUUUUUAUGCCGAGAAGUUAUAUUGCUAUCUCUCAAGAGUUAGAAGAUAACAUUUUUUGGAAAAAAAAUAAAAUAAAAAAAAUAAAUGGCAUGUCAAAAAUGAUUUAUAUCCUACUCAAUGAUAAAAGUAAGUUCGACACAUGCGCUGUUGGAUUCCAGUCUGGGCCACUCUGAAACGCAAUACGUUUCAGAGUGGCCCAGAGUGGCCCAGUUUCACGUAGAAGAAACAUGAAGUUCAAAUUAAAAGAUGAAAAUGGAAUCUAAAUAUGCCAGAUUUAUAAAAGUAUUUGUAUUGUUUACAGAAAACUUUUAACAAUUUUUAAGUAUUUGGGUUUCCGAUUCCCAUUUUGGUUCAUUUCUUUACGAAAUACGACAAAUGUAGCCUCCUUUUGAAACUAAACUAGCUCCUGCUAAUAUAUAUUAUUUAUUCAUCUACUGUUAUUAACAAAAAUUAACAAAUUGCUAACUUUGUUUUGUUAAAAAAAAAAAGUCGAGUAUGCAACGAUCAAAACUACCAAGGUACAAAAUGGCGAAGGGUCGAAGUGAGCCUCUGUUUAGUGGCUCAGGUGAACGUUCCCUCCACAGAGAACCAACAUGAAGCAGGGUGCGYGGUAACUUUCUCCUUCGUAUGUGUACAGAUGCUCCUAACGGGCAACUUCUGACUGAGUUCCCGUUCUCUGAACGGGUCUCUCCCAGUUGUCAGAAUAAAUGACACUUCAAUGGAACAGCUGAACAACCUAGUCAACGUGGGCCAACGGUAACACCGCUGAGAUGAGAUGUGCAUCGACUAAAGCUCGAUAUAUCAGAAAGCAUGAUGCUUGUCAUCAUCCCAAAACCCUUCAGUCUGUAAGUACAGUAUAUUAAAGAGCACCCCCUCAUAUUAUCUUUGACCACUCGUGUAUUGUGUCUGUAGCCGUUUCUUUGUCAUGCUUGCAGGAUGUUCUUUAUGUAUUUUGCCUCUAUUUUAUACUCUAAACACUUACCUAGAUAUCCAAUACCUCCUGUAUGAACUACUUGCAGCACUUAGAUUUUUAAUAAUUGUGGGAACUCCGAGAAAUUUUACAGUAUGAGCGUCAUCCUUAGCGUCCACAAGUCUUGCCUUUACUGUAUUGUUGGAUUUGGUAGUAAACACUUGCACAUGUCUACAUAGUUCAGAGGACUCGGAUUGUAUUAUGUAGAGCUAUAUAUUACACAAUUAUAAAAAAAAAAAAAAAAAAGUAACCCUACAUCCUCGGGACAAAAUGUGCUGAAUAUAUUGAGAUAUAGUGUACAGAUUUUAAUAAACAAAACUCUGUCAAGCCAGUUCUUGUCUGGCAAGCUUGCCCACGUUUUAGACCUUCUCUCAGGGUAGUCUUGCUUUUUAAAGCUUUACUGAAACGGUUGCUCUCAUCGGUGAUGGUGAUCAUGAUAAACAYGUGGUGUAGCGAAUGACUCUGUUAUGCUCGUCAAUAAAUGAUGAUGUGGAUCUUGUAUGGUUCCUGGAGUUUGAGCUGUCCCAUAUAAAGUCGCGGUUUGCUUGGGGAACUGAUGCAGUUUUUGUAAUUCAUCACGCAGAUGUGUCAAAGUACAGCGCAGGCUGGAAGCACCAGAAGGAGGCUUAUUGGGUUGCUUGUUUUCUAAGAUCAACAGACUUGCUCCAACGACACAGUUUUAUUUUCCUCUCGGAGUCGGAAAAGCUUUUGUGCCGCUUUUCCAGCAACCAUAUUCUGUGCAUAAUAUACUCUGAUUAGAUUUUCUUACGGAGAAAACGUCAUUGUUUUUCAUAUUAACAUGGUCACGUGAAAAGAAAUGUAUGUACCCUGACCGUGAUCUUCUCAUGUAAACAUCAUCCAAUUGUUUUUGCAUGCAAUUAAUUCUGGUCACAUGACAAGAAGAUAUAGACUGUUUUUUGUGUUAUUCUUCUUUCACAGGAACGGUGAAUCCGAACUUAAGGUCCUUUUUACAUUAGCAAUGUCCAUGCAUGGUGCAGCUGAUUUAUAUGACUUGCAGAAUCAUUACAAAUAUGUCGAAAGCAGGAACUCAAGAAUUCUUGCUUAAUAUUUAAAUUAAGGUUAUUUUGUGCCAUAUCCUAUGUUUCAUGCAUUUUUCCUUGCAGAGGAAUUUCUUGUGUGUGGGGCUGUUUGUAACCGAGUUCAGAAAGAAAAGCCUAGCUUAGUUUUUAAUUAUGAACUUUAAACUCAAUAGUUUUACUUUAUAAUUGACAUUAGUCACUAAAAAGAAAGUAGCUGGCAAGCAAAAUGUAGACGAUCGGAAGAAAUAUUUAAAAAAAAUAAAUGUGGCUACAACUCUGGCACUGAGGGUUUGUCCCAAAGAAAAUUUGUUUAAAGGUUGCCUGUAAGGAAGGCUCCAAAAAUGUUUAAAAUGAACUGUAAGGCCUCACAUGUCAACCUAUCAAAUGUUAAAGAAUGGUCAAUGGUAUGCCAAUUUUCUUGGAAAAUAAAUUGCAUAUGUAAGCCAUCGGUCAAUACAUUUUUGUUUAAGA